CAGACACACAGCAGAGAGGAGAGGAGAGAGAGAGAAGGAGCAAACAAGACACUAUCAUGACGCCGUGGCUCCAGGCUGGAAAACAGAAACAGUCACACUGACAGGGGGCUGCGUCUGAGGAGGACAUGCCCCCUCUCCUGGCUACACUGUGGCAUAAGGGGUGUGUUUGGAGGUUCACCCCCAGCUGGCUGGCGCUCGCAGAUGGAGGCCCACCAACACUCCCCAGAUAGCAGCAGCGAGGAGUGCACCGUCCUGGAGGCUCCACCCGGCAAAAAUGCCUGCCCACAACAUUCAGGGAAGGUGGCAGACCACUACUGUUCAGCAUGCGAGUGUGCGCUGUGUGAGGACUGUGUAGGGGACCAUGUAGAGCACCCUAAAGUACCCCUCAGCCAGGCCCUGGAGCAGCACCGGAGCAGCCUGCAGGAGAGCCUGGGGACUAUCCAGAGCAGGCUGCCUCAGAUUUCAGACGCCCUCUCCUUCAUUAAAGAGAUUCUUCAGCAGCUGACAAAUCAGAGAGCUUCCAUCGAAGAGGACAUCCAGUCCAGCUUUGAGGAUCUGCACAAGCAGCUGGAUGUCCGGAAGAGUGUUUUGCUGAUGGAGCUGGAGGUCACAUAUGGUCUCAAACAGAAGGUCCUCCAGGCCCAGGUUGAUAGCCUUGUCCGGGGGGAAGGUGACAUCAUGGCCUCUAGUACUCAGACGGAAGAGGCUCUGGCUGGGGAGGCAUGUGUGGCAAGCCAUCAGGUGGAACGGGAACUGCAAGAGAAUCUUCAGGAGCUUGCCGGUCUCGGGCUACCAUGUCAGCCAGAGGAGAACGAUCAGCUGGAUCUGAUAAUGGAGACUGACGGGUUAAGGAAGUCUAUACACAACUUAGGGACCAUCGUUACAACCAGUGCCGUGGCAAGCCAGAGUGAAGCCAUGGGUGCAGGCCUGGAGCAGUGCAUUGUGGGACAUCCUUCCUCUGUUACCAUAGUGACAAGAGACAAGUCAGGUGGAGCCUGUAAGAGUGGCAAUGCAAUCCUGUCAGCGGAGGUGUUCACCCCUGAUGGAAGCAUAGUGGACGGUGAAAUAGUGGACCACAAGAAUGGAACCUAUGAGUUUGUGUACAUAGUACCAAAGGAGGGUAACUUCUCAUUGGCUCUUCGUCUGUAUGACCAGCACAUCAAAGGAAGCCCUUUCAAACUGACAGUCAGUGGCGCAUUUGAGGCUGAAGUCGAG